CAACUUAUGCAGAGGAGACAACUUUAUGCUGGUCCAAUGUCUAAGUUGAGAUUACUUAUGAUCUCUCGGAUGGCAAAACCUGAAGAAGUUCUCAUUGUUGAAGAUGAAAAUGGGAACAUUGUCCGUGAAACAAUGAAGGACAAUGAUGUCCUUGUGCAAUACAAGAUCAUGAGGGAAACAUUGAUCUAUUUGUCACAUCUUGAUCACGAAGAUACCGAAAAGCAGAUGUUGAAGAAACUUAGCAAACAACUCAAUGGUGAGGACUGGUCAUGGAACAAUUUAAAUACAUUGUGCUGGGCAAUAGGAUCCAUAUCUGGGUCUAUGAUGGAUGAGCAGGAGAACAGGUUUCUUGUGAUGGUGAUACGUGAUUUGCUAAAUCUCUGUGAAAUCACCAAAGGAAAAGACAACAAAGCUGUAAUUGCUAGUAAUAUAAUGUAUGUUGUUGGGCAAUAUCCAAGAUUUUUGAGGGCUCACUGGAAGUUUUUGAAGACGGUUGUGAACAAACUGUUUGAAUUCAUGCAUGAAUCACAUCCUGGAGUGCAGGAUAUGGCAUGUGAUACAUUUUUGAAAAUAGUCCAGAAGUGCAAGCGCAAAUUUGUUAUUGUUCAGGUUGGAGAAAAUGAGCCAUUUGUUUCUGAACUCUUAACUACUCUUCCGACAACAAUUGUAGAUUUGGCGCCUCAUCAGAUUCAUACCUUUUACGAAUCCGUUGGUCAGAUGAUUCAAGCAGAAUCAGAUCCCCAAAAAAGAGAUGAGUAUUUGCAGAGGUUAAUGGAUCUUCCGAAUCAGAAAUGGGCCGAAAUUAUAGGACAGGCGCGGCAAAAUGUUGAUUACCUGAAAGAUCAAGAUGUUAUUAGGGCAGUGUUAAAUAUAUUGCAGACAAAUACCAGUGCUGCUAGCUCCCUUGGGACAUAUUUCUUGCCUCAAAUUACUCUCAUAUUUCUGGACAUGCUCAAUGUUUACAGAAUGUACAGCGAGCUGAUAUCAACAAGCAUUGCACAAGGAGGGCCCUAUGCGUCUAGGACAUCCAUUGUGAAACUUUUGCGCUCAGUAAAGAGGGAAACGUUAAAGCUUGUGGAGACAUUUCUGGACAAGGCUGAAGAUCAACCACAUAUUGGAAAGCAAUUUGUGCCGCCCAUGAUGGAUCCAGUUUUAGGUGACUACACGAGAAAUGUUCCUGAUGCCAGGGAAUCUGAAGUUCUCUCUCUUUUUGCUACAAUUAUAAACAAGUACAAGGGUGCUAUGAUAGAGGAUGUGCCUCGGAUAUUUGAAGCUGUAUUCCAGUGUACUCUGGAGAUGAUCACGAAGAACUUUGAGGAUUAUCCAGAACAUCGGCUCAAGUUCUUUUCGUUACUUCAGGCAAUUGCUACACAUUGUUUUCCUGCUUUAAUACGACUAUCAAGUGAGCAAGUAAAGCUUGUUAUGGACUCUAUUGUAUGGGCCUUCCGGCACACUGAGAGGAACAUUGCUGAAACUGGGCUUAACCUUUUAUUGGAGAUGCUCAAGAAUUUUCAGGUAUCCGAGUUCGCUAACCAGUUUUACAGGACUUACUAUUUGACAAUUGAGCAAGAGAUUUUCGCUGUGCUGACGGACACAUUUCAUAAACCUGGGUUUAAACUGCAUGUAUUGGUGCUACAGCAUUUAUUUUGCCUGGUUGAGUCUGGCAGGUUGACUGAGCCUCUAUGGGAUGCAUCAACAGUGCCUUUUCCUUAUCCAAAUAAUGCGACAUUUGUCCGUGAAUACACCAUUAAACUUCUUAGCUCAUCAUUUCCGAACAUGACAUCGGCCGAGGUUACCCAAUUUGUGAGUGGGCUAUUUGAAUCAACGAAUGACCUGCCCACAUUCAAGAAUCACAUAAGAGAUUUCCUUGUUCAGUCCAAAGAAUUCUCUGCUCAGGACAACAAGGACCUUUAUGCUGAGGAAGUUGCUGCACAGAGAGAGACGGAGAGACAAAGGAUGCUUUCCAUUCCAGGGCUUAUCGCACCGAAUGAGAUACAAGACGAAAUGGUGGAUUCAUGAUAUGGAGAGUUUGCGCAGAAGCUAAUUUGACUCCAUUAAUACCCAAUAGGUGGUUUGCAUUCAUGGAGUUUGUUAUCAUGAACGAUCCUGUCCAGCUGAUCCUAGUUUUUGAUUUUUUAAAAAUAUUUAUUCUCAAAAUUCUCACAGUAGAGAACCGCUCUUUCUUGGAACAUUGGCUCAUCUUCCAAGGGAACGAUUGACUGGAUGUAGAGUAUUUAGAUCCUAAUGUAGGGAAUAUAUCCAGUGUACGGGUUAUAGUUCCAGCUUGGGCGUUGUAGAUCCAUAGAGGAUUCAACAGAUUUUAAUUGGCUUAGUAGUUUACAGCCAUUGAGAAUAGUGUAAUGUAUGCAGGUAUCGGCCGGUUGUGCAUAGAUCAUUUUGUUUGUUGGUGGAACAUUGAUGUACGUCCAAAUGGAUUCAGAAUUAUGUUUUUUGGCUCGUGGUAAUAUGAAUCCUUGGUCCAACUCUCUAUUUACGAAAGGAUUCUCUUAAAUCUCUCUUAAUAUGCCUAAUUGGGCUGUUUCUGUAAAAUGUCCCAGUUUGACCAUUAAGAAUAUUAUUUUACAUC